AGAAGGAAGAGGCGGAGCGGGCGCGGUGACGUCCUUCCAAAAUGGCAGAGAGAGCGUGAAGAAACUGUUCCCCCUUGGAUUGCUCUAGAACAAGGGUAAAAUUCCAUUCUGAUAUCAAAAUGCAGUAUUCGCACCACUGUGAGCACCUUUUAGAGAGACUGAACAAACAACGGGAAGCAGGUUUUCUUUGUGACUGCACCGUAGUGAUUGGGGAAUUCCAGUUUAAAGCUCAUAGGAAUGUGCUUGCCUCAUUUAGUGAGUAUUUUGGUGCGAUCUACAGAAGCACUUCUGAGAACAAUGUCUUCCUUGAUCAGAGUCAGGUGAAGGCUGAUGGAUUUCAGAAACUGUUGGAGUUUAUAUACACAGGAACUUUAAAUCUUGACAGUUGGAAUGUUAAAGAAAUUCAUCAGGCUGCUGACUAUCUCAAAGUGGAAGAGGUGGUCACUAAAUGUAAAAUAAAGAUGGAAGAUUUUGCUUUUAUUGCUAAUCCCUCUUCUACAGAGAUAUCUAGUAUUACUGGAAACAUUGAAUUGAAUCAACAGACUUGUCUCCUUACUCUACGAGAUUAUAACAGUCGGGAAAAAUCAGAAGUGUCUACAGAUUUAGUUCAGGCAAAUCCUAAACAAGGGGCUUUAGCAAAGAAGUCAUCUCAAACUAAAAAGAAGAAGAAGGCCUUCAACUCCCAGAAAACAGGACAGAAUAAAACAGUGCAAUAUCCCAGUGACAUUUUAGAGAAUGCAUCUGUUGAAUUAUUUUUAGAUGCAAAUAAAUUAUCCACACCUGUAAUAGAACAAGUUGCACAAAGAAAUGAUAAUUCAGAACUCGAAUUGACGUCAGUUGUGGAAAAUACUUUUCCAGCACAAGAUAUUGUGCAAACUGUUACAGUGAAACGGAAACGUGGAAAAUCACAACCAAACUGUGCUCUGAAAGAACACUCUAUGUCUAAUAUAGCCAGUGUCAAGAAUUCUUAUGAGCUGGAGAGCUCUGGGGAAGAGCUGGAUCAGAGGUAUUCCAAGGCCAAGCCAAUGUGUAACACAUGUGGGAAAGUGUUUUCAGAAGCCAGCAGCUUGAGAAGGCAUAUGAGAAUACAUAAAGGAGUUAAACCUUAUGUCUGCCACUUGUGUGGAAAGGCAUUUACCCAGUGUAACCAGCUGAAAACGCAUGUAAGAACUCAUACAGGUGAGAAGCCAUACAAAUGUGAAUUGUGUGAUAAAGGAUUUGCUCAGAAAUGCCAGCUGGUCUUCCAUAGUCGUAUGCAUCAUGGUGAGGAAAAACCCUAUAAAUGUGAUGUAUGCAAUUUACAAUUUGCAACUUCUAGCAAUCUCAAGAUUCAUGCAAGGAAGCAUAGUGGAGAGAAGCCAUAUGUCUGUGAUAGGUGUGGACAGAGAUUUGCUCAAGCCAGCACUUUGACCUAUCAUGUUCGUAGGCAUACUGGAGAAAAGCCUUACGUGUGUGAUACUUGUGGGAAGGCAUUUGCUGUCUCUAGUUCCCUUAUCACUCAUUCUCGAAAACAUACAGGUGAAAAACCAUACAUAUGUGGUAUUUGUGGGAAAAGUUUUAUUUCCUCAGGAGAGCUCAACAAACACUUUCGAUCCCAUACAGGAGAAAGGCCAUUUAUCUGCGAAUUAUGUGGAAAUUCUUACACAGAUAUUAAAAAUUUAAAGAAGCACAAAACAAAAGUCCAUUCCGGUGCAGAUAAAAUUCUAGAUUCUAGUAUAGAGGAGCAUCCCUUGAGUGAACAAGAUUCCAUACAAAAAAGUCCGUUAUCAGAAACAUUGGAUGUGAAACCUUCUGAUAUGACUUUACCGCUAUCUCUUCCACUUGGAACUGAGGACCACCACAUCCUUCUGCCUGUCACAGAUAAUCAGUCUCCUACAUCAGAUACAUUGUUGAGAUCAACUGUGAAUGGGUAUUCAGAACCACAGUUGAUUUUUUUACAGCAAUUAUACUGACUUUGUGAGGAAUAUGGAAUUUCUAAGACGUCUCUGGUAGUAAACAUAAACAUCUCUGGAAUUUAUUGGAAUGUGAAGAAAUUAAA